AUGGAUUAAGGUUUUGGUUUUACUUUAUUAGAUAGAAUAAAAUUAUAUAAUGAUGUUAGAGAAUUUGAUGUUAGUCAUUACUUGUCAUAAGAAGGAUUACUAAUUGAAGUUAUUGGAGUUUUAUACUAAAAUAAGGCUGAAAUUUAUGAAAAUAGAAUUUAUAAGGAUUCAUAUUAAUUAGAUUUUACUCCAGUUUAUAAUACUUUAUUAAAAAUAUCACAAGAACUAUUAAUUAUUUAAAAUAAAGGGAAAACNUUCUGGCUAUGUUUAUUAAUCAAGAUAUUUUAAAUGUAAAUAUUAGUUCUAUUACCCAUUGUCUACUUAGGUUAAACAUUAGAAUAAUGUGGAGUCAAACAAGAAUAAAUAUAAAUGUUCUUCUCAACCUAAGAAACAUUUGAAUGGAACUUAAAAGAUUUAUUUUCAGGAUCCUAUUUGAAUUACACAAUAUCAGCAAAAUAACCCUUCUUUACUUUUAAAAAACCUAUCCAUUAAGAAUAUAUACCUAAAUAGUUGAUAGAAGGUAUAAUAUGUUUUUAUUUUAGGUAUAUCAAAAAUUGUUGCCAUAUAAGCAAAGACUGAAUAAGGAUAGAGAGUAUGGUUAAAUUAUUUUGCUUUUAUAGAAAAAAGUGUAAAUUAGUUAUCGAUUUUCUAUGCUGAAGGGUAACUUUAUUUAAAUGAUAAAGUAGUACAUAAGGAGAUUAUAGACCACCAUAUUUUAAUUAUAAAAUAGUGUUUACUUAAAAUCAAGAUAUUUAAUGUUUAAGUUUAGAAUAUCUUAAUGAUACAUCAUUUUUAGCUGAUUGCUAUAAUUCUAUGAAAAAUCCAAUAUAAAAUUAUUUUUAUGUUGUAAGUAAAUCUGGUUCUGUAAGAAAUAUUAGUAAUCAGAAUUAAGAUGUGUAAAAUAUAAUUACAAAAAGAAUUACUAAAGUGAUACCAUUUGUUGAUGCUAAAAAGAAUCAAAUGAAAUUAAUGUUUAGAUCAACACCAGCAUAUGCAACUGGAUCAGACUUAAAAAUUAAUUCAUUAAUUCAAAUUUAUAAUAUAGAAACAUUUUAAAUAGUUAAUUAAUUAAAUAUUAAUUUAGUUUGAUAGAUUUUGAAUUAUUUCUAGAUGGCAAACUUUAUAUUUUAACUGCAUUUGAUGGAAUAAUAAUAUUAUAAAUGGAUUAAGGUUUUGGUUUUACUUUAUUAGAUAGAAUAAAAUUAUAUAAUGAUGUUAGAGAAUUUGAUGUUAGUCAUUACUUGUCAUAAGAAGGAUUACUAAUUGAAGUUAUUGGAGUUUUAUACUAAAAUAAGGCUGAAAUUUAUGAAAAUAGAAUUUAUAAGGAUUCAUAUUAAUUAGAUUUUACUCCAGUUUAUAAUACUUUAUUAAAAAUAUCACAAGAACUAUUAAUUAUUUAAAAUAAAGGGAAAACAUAUUUAAUCAAUAUUGAAACUCAAGAUUUGAUAUAUAAAGAAGUACUUGAAGGAAUUUAAGGAAUAUUAAUCAAUUAAUACAUGGAAGAAUUAAUAUAUAUUACAUAAAUAGAUGCUAGAAGAUUCACUUUAUCAAGUGGAAAGUUAAGAUUUACAUCAGGAGAUAUAACUGUAUCAAGGGAAGUAAUAACAAUUUCUGCAUAGGAUGAACUUGGUUUUUAAUGUUAAUCUCAAUUAAUAUAUAGAGUUUUAAAUUAAUUUGAUUCAAAGUUAUAUGCACUUUAAGAAUUAGAAAUACCUGAUGUAUUUUAUGAUUAUCCUUUAUGGAAUCCAUUUAAAAUUCCAGUAUCAGGGCCAAAUAUAUAAUUUGGUACUUAUUCUGAAAGUAUAUCUGAAUAUGGAGGGACAAACACUGUAAAACUAAUUAUCAAAUCUGGAGGCACUAUUAAUGCAGAAUCAAUCUAUUCUUAAAUUCCAUCAGCAAAAUCUACACAAUUUGUAAAAUUAAUUAGUUUAGACUAAAAUGAAUAAAAAAUAGCUAUUAUAUUUUAAGAAUCAUCAACUAAAAAUAUUCUUACUUACAUUUGUUCUACAGAUUAAUAUUAUGAUGGAAAAGUAAAUUUUAAUUGCAUUAAUUAUAUGAAAUUUUCUGCAAAAAUAGAUUUAGUUAAUUCAAAUUUCUAAUGUUAUUUUAAAUAAGAAGUUCUGUAUGUUUUUAUAAUUGAUAAUUUUUACACUGUUGGAAUGUAUUCAAUUUCAUAAUAAGAUGUAUAAAAUCAAUAUAAAAUUAUAUAUAAUUCAUCAAUAUCUAUAGAUUCUAUAAGUGUUGUUGCAAGCAGAUUAUAUGUUAUAUUGAAUAAUCAAAAAUUAGACAUUUGA